CAUCAACUCAAACGCUUCAGCAACGGCCACGGCACGUCUGGGAUCUCAUUUAAGCGCCAGAGAGCGACAUAUUGGAACGCAUUUUGAAGUCGCAAGGUCAAUAAUUCGACAUGGCCGAGUCCAAGGGCUUGGUGCGCGACCUCGACAAGCUGGACGUGCAGCUCGACAACCUCGAGGACGCGCUGGGCCCCUUGCUCGAAGGCCUGGAUGAGCGGGCAUCGCAGCUGCCGCUCCUGGACCGGGCAAAGCUCUUCUCCCUGUCGGCGUAUGCGAUUGAAUCGCUGCUAUUCGCAUCACUCAAACUGCAGGGCACAGACGCCCAGAGCCACGCCGUCUUCACCGAGCUGAAGCGCGUGCAGCAGUAUUUCGCCAAGAUCAAGGGCGUGGAGGAGCCGGAGCCGCAGGGUCAGCGGAGCACGACGGUCAACCAGGAGGCGGCGGCGCGGAUCCUGAAGGCGGAUCUGGCGGACAACAAGGCGCUGAGCGCUAAGCUCGCUGAGAAGAUCGCCGAGGAGCGCGCCAAGGCGCUGCUAAAGUCGGUCGAGGGCGGCAGCGGCAAGAAGUCUAAGAGGGCGGCAGAUGACUCGGCGUCGGCGGGCGAGGCGAGCACGGAUCAGGGCGGCAAGAAGAAGAAGCACAAGCACGGGAAGAAGAGUCGGAGGUGAGUGUGCGAGAGAGUUAGAGGCACGCGCGGAGGGAUUUCGCUCAAGGCGACGGCAUCCGGUAUAUGGCAUAGGCAUGGGCGCGAGGGCGUUUGAUUGUCCGGGUUUUUUGUUACAGGUAUACUUGUUUGGGGGGCCAUGAGGGCUCAUGGGAUUUGGCCCGGCGGCAGAUACGCCUCGGGCAUGUUACGGACCGCGGCCACGCCUCGAGGACAAUGAGCGGCUGCGGCCUCGUUUGGCGUCUGCGGACGCGAACGGUAUAGAGACUGGGUGUAGAUAAUACCACCACCAAUCAUAAAACUGAAGAUGGAUAACGGGG